UGGGAGGAAGUGAGCGGCUACGACGAGAACAUGAACACCAUCCGGACUUACCAAGUUUGCAACGUCUUCGAAUCCAGCCAGAACAACUGGCUGCGGACUAAAUACAUCCGCCGGAGGGGAGCCCACCGUAUCCACGUGGAGAUGAAGUUCUCCGUCCGCGACUGUAGCAGCAUUCCCAACGUGCCGGGAUCUUGCAAGGAGACCUUCAACCUCUACUACUACGAGUCGGAAUUCGACGCCGCCACCAAGAGCUUCCCCAGCUGGAUGGAGACCCCUUGGGCCAAAGUGGACACCAUCGCGGCCGACGAGAGUUUCUCCCAGGUGGACCUAGGCGGACGGGUCAUGAAGAUCAACACCGAAGUCCGGAGUUUCGGCCCCGUCUCCAAAAACGGAUUUUACUUGGCCUUCCAAGAUUACGGGGGGUGCAUGUCCCUGAUCGCCGUCCGUGUCUUUUACCGCAAGUGCCUACGGGUGAUCCAGAACGGCGCCAUCUUCCAGGAGACGCUGUCGGGCGCGGAGAGCACCUCGCUGGUGGCGGCCAGAGGCACGUGCAUCCCCAACGCCGAGGAGGUGGACGUGCCGAUCAAACUGUACUGCAACGGGGACGGCGAGUGGCUGGUGCCCAUCGGACGCUGCAUGUGCCGAUCCGGCUACGAAUCGGUGGAGAAUGGCACCGUCUGCAGGGCCAUUCCUUCAGCCCCGCAGGCCGUCAUCUCCAGCGUGAACGAGACCUCCCUGAUGCUGGAGUGGACCCCUCCUCGAGAUUCGGGGGGGCGCGAGGAUCUGGUUUACAACAUCAUCUGCAAGAGCUGCGGCUCGGGGCGCAGAGCCUGCACCCGCUGCGGGGACAACGUCCAGUUCACGCCGCGCCAGCUGGGCCUCACCGAGCCGCGGGUUUACAUCAACGACCUCUUAGCGCACACCCAGUACACCUUCGAGAUCCAGGCGGUGAACGGGGUCACGGACCAGAGUCCCUUCUCGCCACAGUUUGCCUCCGUCAACAUCACCACCAACCAAGCAGCUCCUUCGGCAAUCUCCAUCAUGCAUCAAGUCAGCCGGAUGGUGGAUAGCAUCACCCUCUCGUGGUCUCAACCGGACCAGCCCAACGGAGUCAUCCUGGAUUACGAGCUCCAGUACUACGAGAAGGACCUGAGCGAGUUCAAUGCCACGGCAGUGAAGAGCUUCACCAAUACGGUCACCAUCCCCGGCCUCAAGGCGGGAACCAUUUACGUCUUUCAGGUGCGAGCUCGCACAGUGGCCGGCUACGGACGCUAUAGCGGGAAAAUGUACUUCCAGACGAUGACGGAAGCCGAAUAUCAAACCAGCAUCCAGGAGAAGCUACCUUUGAUCAUCGGUUCCUCGGCAGCCGGGCUGGUCUUCCUCAUCGCCUUGGUGGUCAUCAUCCUGGUUUGCAACAG